UGCUGUCUGCCUGUCUGUUCCGCACAUCGGGGGUUGAGCUUCCUGGGUCAGAUUCUGCCACCGCCUCCAUUGUGAGCCGGGAGCCGGGGCUGAGCCGCUGCUGCUGCUGCCCAGCGGGGUCUGUGCGGGGAGAGCCCUUCCCUAGAGCCCCUCCGGGCCCAGUCGGGGGGACUUUCUCCGGGGGCUGGAGCCAGGCCCUGGGCAGCCCCGGCCUCUGCCGACACCAGCCCCUGAGCCGGAGCCUGCAGGUGAAUGCAAGCAGGAAACAUCUUCAUUCACAUGUGCUGGUAAAAAGCAACUCAUGACAAGAUGCCACCAAAGCGAUCCAAAGGAAAUGGUUCACAGGGACUGAACCAGAAAAAGUCCCUCAAGAAUCAGAGGAAGUCGGACAAGCUACAGAAGAGCUCUCUUGUGCAGAGAGAGGGUAAAUCAGCUGUCCGCAGGAGAGCUGUGAGGAAGAGCAAAGACACCAUCGUCUGCCAGAGAGCAUAUGCAGGGGAAAGGCCCAACAUCUGCAUCGAGUGUGGGAAAAGCUUCACCCAGAGCUCAGACCUUAUGAACCAUCAGAGAACCCACACGGGGGAGAAACCCUAUAAAUGCAUCGACUGCGGGAAGAGCUUCAGCGUCAGCUCAAACCUGAGUCGACACCAGAGAACCCACACGGGGGUGAAGCCCUAUCCCUGCACUGAUUGCGGGAAAAGCUUCACAGACAAGUCCACCCUGACCCAGCAUCAACACAUCCAUACAGGUGAGAAACCUUAUAAAUGCAUCGACUGUGGGAAGAGCUUCAGCCGCAGCUCCCACCACAAGAGGCAUCUGAGGAGCCCUCCAGGGAAGAGGCAGGACAAAUGCAUACACUGGGAAAGUGCCACUAUUGGGAAGGUGAAAGAAACUAAAGUGUCUAAGAAGAAAACCCCGACCAUUGAGAUCCCCAACACGUGUGCCGAGUGCUGGCAAAGCUUCAGCCAGAACUCGGACCUGGUCAAACACAUGAGGAUCCACACAGGAGAAAAACCCUACAAGUGUCCCGACUGCGGAAAAAGAUUCAAUGUCAGCUCAAACCUGAUCAGACACCAGAGGAUCCACACGGGAGAGAAGCCCUACACGUGCUCUGACUGCGGGAAAAGCUUCACUGACAAAUCCACUCUGACCCAGCACCACCGGAUCCACACAGGAGAGAAACCCUACAUAUGCACUUACUGCGGGAAAAGCUUCAGCCGCAGCUCCCACCACAAGAGACAUGAGCGAACCCACACCGGGGAGAAUCCUGUGUCCUUUCUGCCCUUGUGGCCCUACCCCACCCAGACAUACUGAAAUGAUUCCAUUGGUUCUGGGCAGUGGGAGCUGAGGGCCCAGGAACCAAGUGGGAGAUUUUCCCAAGCCCCAGCAUGAUUCAGUAGCACAAUCCCCCAUCAGGUUCCAGUAAGAUAUAGGGUCCCCUGUGCUUGUGUCACUUCUGGGCUUGAGACCUAGGUACCUAAAUCAGUUAGGUGUUGCAAUGUUGCAUAGAGUUACGUCUUGACAACUGUAAGAAUUUGGGCCUCAUAUCCCACCCAGAGCAAAGGGAGAUCUCUGAGGGGUUUUCAUUAGAGAAUUAAGGAGUAAGCUACCCCAAUUCCAUUAGUAUUAUUUGUAUCGUGGUAGCAUCUAGCAGCCCCAGUCACGGACAAGAAACCGCAGUGCUAGGCACAGUACAAACACAGAACAGAGCUCUGCUCCACAGACUCAACAGGAUCUGGGUGCCUAACUCACUUAGACCCUGUGAACAUCCAGAAUUUCGUAGAGUUUAGGGCCGGAGAGGACAAUUAGAUCGUCUAGCCUGACCUCCUGUAUAUCACAGGCCAUGAAUCUCACUCAAAUACCGCUAUAUUGAGCCUAAUUACUUUAGUUAAACUAAAACCUUUCAGCGCUUAAGAGACUAAACUGUUGUGAGCCAGAGAAGAGAACAGGAGAGACCAAGGGGCCCCUGCCAUGGCUGGGAAUUGAUUAGGUGAGAGAUGCCGGUAUGAUCCCAACAUCUCUGCACCAGGGGGAAAAUUCUUACCCAACCCCAAAUCUGGUGAUCAGUCUGACCCUGGGCAAGUGAGCAAAACCUACCAGCCAGGCAUAUAGAAAAAAGAUUCUCUGAACCACUUCAGAUCAUUGGUUUACCUCACCUAGGUCUUGUUGCCAAUCUCUGAUGCUUCAGGGAAAGGUGAAAAAGGAACCCAGAUACAUCUGGCCAAUGGUGCAUUGGAAAAAAAAUUCCUUCCUGUCCCUUGUAGGGGAGCAUCUGAAGUACGAGAUUUGGUUAUUGUCAUUACAUAGUAUAGCCAGUGUGCAGGGCCGGGGUGGGAUAAAGAGCCUGUUCUUUGGGGCACCUCUUUCAGCAGGGAGCUACUACUUAGAAGAAUUUAUUUGGUUUUACAUGAUCAUUGGCCUGUAUGGAUGAGUUGAGGUGGACAGUGGAGCCCUGUUCCCAGCUGGGCUGGAGUGUACAAUGUGAUUGGAUACCCUGGAACUGGCACUCGCUGGUCUUUUUGCACAGUGUCAGCUGGGAAGGUAAGCACUCAGGAAGCCCAGAGGAUCUGAACUUCCCUGAGCCCCAGGGAAGCCCUGUAGACUUCAGCCGGAGCUAUGAAAUCAGGGCUCAGUCUGGGUUUAGCCUGCACUUCCACUACCUGUGGUGAGAAUAUGAAGGGGCCCUUGAGCCUGGCUCGUCUCCCCAGCACUGAUCCCCAUCUCUUAUGCAGUUGGUCAGAUCGGACACGGAUCCAGCAGAUCCCCCUUGUGCUGAUGCAUUCAGAAAGGGGGGUUUCUCUCUCCUUUUCUGUGUAAAUAGCCUCUCCCCCCUCAGUUAACUUUGCUGGUUCUCUGUGCUGGCACCUUCAACCAGUCUGUGACACAUCACUCCGAACUCCAGUUUGUCAUGCCGUCAGAGCUAAGCUGAUAAGAUGCUGGAGCCAGGGGCCUGGGGAUUCCCCCGUUUUCCAGCUGGGAGCAAACUGCCUUGAGGCAGGUUAUAUUCCCCUCAGUCUACCCCACCCACCAGCCUUUGUUACCCUGCUCCCCAUAUCACACCCAGCCCAUUAAUUGAUAUCUCUGCCCCAGAACAGGGAGCUGGGCACUGCCGUGGUUCUGCUUCCCUGGCUCCAACACCCUGGGCCUCAGUCUCCAGAGUUUAUUCGUCCCCAUCCCGUGGAAUUUGGGUCAGUUGAGGGGACUCACAGCUGCACCAGCUGAGUCCCGGAGCCCAGGGUGCAUGUAGGAGGUUUCUCAGAGCUGGAGCGGCUGCUCCCAGGGAGGCUGGGUGCAUGGACACUCCCAGUUGUGGCAGAGCCCCUCUCUGUUGCAUGUGUAGUUGCAAAACAUGUUAAAUGCAUUAUGCUUUAUAGAGAACAAUUCUAUUUAAAAAGCCUCAGGCGCCUUGGAAAAUCCCAGCUUGAGAUUUUGGACCAUUGUGAGAACAAUGAACAGUAAUUGCCCAAGGACAAGGUGCUAUGUAAAAUAUCCCCUGUUGUAUUAUUUCAGCACUAGCUUGUAGGGAGAGCUGAGAGCAACCAGGGCACAGGGGUAGCGUUACAUGUUCAGAACCCUGACUUGUCUGCUCACCUGCUCAGCCCGAACGCUCCCUUCAUCUGGACAUUUUUUAUUUUGCAUAGAUGCCACUGAUGCUAUUCUAGUGACUGCUGAUGCUCUGAUUUUUCCUGCUCUGCUGAUGAUCGGUUUGUAUCUGUUGCAGGUGCUAACAUUUUGCCUUUUUAAAGUAUCAUCAUUAAAUGGGAAACUGACUGUCUUUUAUCUGCUGUUUCCUGCCCCCCCUGACACCUCCACCCCCCCGCAGUUGGUUUCUAAAGCCAAACCCCAGGCCCUGGAAUGUUAAUUUCCUUAGGACAUACAGAGGGAGCAGUUGGGCCUUUCCAUGUCUAGUGGUCCAGCCAGCUGAAGCUUCAGUCACACUUCACCUUCACAUGGGAAUUUUCUGUUAGUUUUUCCUUGUGUUGAGGCUGCAGGUUGAGAGGGGGACAGCUGACAUGGGGUUCAGCUUGUCCAAAAGAAGGUUCAUUGAUUCAUAGAACUUGCGGCCAGAAGGGACCAUUAGUUUGUUUACUCUGUCCUGUCUAAACAGGCCAUUAAAUAUCACCCAUUACCCCGUAUAGAACCCAGGAGCUUGUGUUUGGCUGAAGCAUCCCUUCCAGAAAGGCACCAGUCUGGAUGUGAAGACAUCAAGAGAUGGAGAAUGGACCACUUUCAUUAGGAAUUUGUUCCAGAGGUAAUCACCGUCUCUGUUAAAAAUGUGUCUUAUUUCUCAUCUGAAUGUGUCUGGCUUCAGCUUGCAGCCCGUGGUUCUUGUCCUGCCUUUCUUUGCUAGAUUAAAGAGCCCUUUAGGAUCCAGUAUUUUCUCCCCAUGAAGGUGCUUAAAUACUGUAAUCAAGUCACCUCUCAAUCUUCUUGAGCUAAACAGAUUGAGCUCUUUAAAACUGUCAUAUAAGGCAUUUUCUCCAGCUGUCCAGUGAUUUUUGUAUCUCUUUUCUGCACCCUCUCCAAUUUUUCAGCAUUCCUUUUAAAAUGUGGACAUCAGAAGUAGACGUAGUAUUCCAGUGUCGGUCUGAGAGGUAAAAUUAACUCGUGUCCGACUCGCUACUCCCCUGUUUAUACACCCAAGGAUCACAUUGCACUGGGAGCUCAUGUUAGUUACUUGUCCGCUAUAACCCCAAACACUUUCCAGAGUCGCUGUUUUCCCAGAUAGUCCCCUGUUCUGUAGGUCUGGGUUACAUCCUUUGUUCUUAGCUUUAUAACUGCACUGGGCUGCAUUAAAACACAUUGUGUUUCAAUGGGUCCUGUUUAUUAAGUGAUCCAGAUUACUCUGCAUGACUGCCCUGUCCUCAUUAUUUACCACUCUGCCGGUCUCUAUGGCAGCUGCAUCUUGUAUCAGCAGUGAUUUUAUAUUUGCUACCAGAUUAUUGAUGAAAAUGUUGAAUAGUUUGGGGCCUAGAUUUCCCCCCCCCCCCCUGAACCCCUAGAAAAAACCCCAUUUGGUGGUCAUUCCCCAUUGACUACUUUUUGCGGUCUGGGGGGUACUGGUCAGGGAAUGGGGUAGGGGGGCCUUUACCAUCCAGGGGCCUCAAUUUCAGGCCAGUUGCUUUGGUUGACUUAGGGGGACAGGAGACAGAAACAUUGAGGCUUUAGAACACUAGUUCCAGUCAGUGCAAAAAUCAACAUGCAGGCAGCAGAUACUUGGCUGCUCCAGAAAAACAGCUGUGCUACCAUAGUGAUAAGUGGGGCACAGAAACAUACACAGACUAGAUCAGAUCCCUAGGACCUGCCCUAGAAGUGGGAUUGGAACCCAGAGCAGGUAUAGGAUUUAAAAUAAACCAGGAAAUGAGAGACUCCUCUUCAAAAGAAUGAAAUUCCCCUAAGUAAACAGGAGGAUGAGCUGCCAGAACAAGGGCUGCUGAACUGUACCUCUCAGCCUCUGAGAGAUUGCUGCUUCUCUCCUCCUCCUUGGUUCUCACCUUAGUCAGUCAGCUGACAGUUCCCCUGGGGCUAGGGCCUGGUGCUUAACUGACACCUAGCCUGCUCCUUCACAGCUGGGGCAGAGCACAGCUGCACUCUGUCAAUUCACAACUGGCACGUUAUCCCCUUAAGGACCACAGGUGAUGUGUAUUAGAACAAUCCUUAGGCUGCUCUAGCAUAUGCUGAUGGGGAGCAGAUGCAGUUUAUGAAGCAAGGAGCCUGUCACUGUCCUCUGGCUCUCCAGUGUUGAGUUGGAGCUGGAGAAAAUCUGGCUUGAAAAAUGGAGUUGGGUCCUCGGAGUAGGAUUGUCCAGUGGGUAGAGCACUCGAUUGGCCCUUCAGAGGCUUCGGAUCCAUUUAAUAAAGAAAUAAACCACUAAAAACAUAGUGCAGAUCCUCACCUCGCAAAGUCAGUAUGUUGUUUUUAAUUUAGAGCAUGGUAGCACACAGCGACCUGAAACAAUAUCAGAGCCCCAGAUGCCAUGUUGCACAACUCUCACAAUUUUGUUGUGAGUCUUGUCAUAUUUGGUUAUUUCUUAAAUCCCCAGCUUCUGGAAUCAUGUUAAUAUGUGAGACUCUCAGCUUUCUUCUAAAAAAAUGUCUGGCCCUGUGGGUGCAGCGAAAAGUUUAAAAACAUGACUAAGUGUGCUAGAAUGGUUCAAAACCAGAAGGCCAAGAAAAAUAGUCCAAAAUACUGCUGCUGCUUUUUUUUAAAGUAAUAUAAUUUUAAACCAUUAUCCUGAUCUUGGGACAUCUGACUCAUGACUUUUAAUGCUUUACUUGAAGGAGGGGGUGGGGAAACUGAGGCACAGAGCCGUGCUGUGACUUGCCUGAGGUCACACACCAGGCCACUGGUAAAGUGUUAAGGAAAAGUUAGCAUAUGUGACUCCAUUUUGGUUUGGGGCCCACCUUUGUCUAAAAGCAAGCACAUAAUGCACCAGGAGGAGUGUUCCUUAGAUACUGCAUUCCUGUGAAAACCCUCCCCCUUGUUUCCAGCCUGUAUUGACUCCUGGUUUCUGUUCUUUGUCUGUUCCUAACUCCCUGCCUCCUGGCCUUGAUGUGAGCCUCCCAUCCUGAUAAGAAAGGCUACUGGUGCAUUGCUUUAGGACCAUGUUGUGUAGUUGAAGUAAUGGUUUAGCACAGGGAAUGUACCUAGCAGGGAUAGGUGGUAGAUAAGGGAAGGGUUUGUCUAUUGGCUAAGGUUUCCGAUGCACGAGGGCAACAUGCUUUGCUAAAAGGUAUAUAAUCUCUGUAUAACCUGCAUUCGGGGUCCCCUCCUGACUAGCAGGGGGGCACCACGCUCGAGCGUAAUAAACUUAGUAUCUUUGGGAA